UUACCUUUUAUGGCUCGAGCCGCGCGGCUGAUACACUAUAAAUAGCUCGCGCCUACAGUUAGCGGCUCUACUCUCAGCGUCGUCACACACGCAGCUCGUGCGGGAUAUCACUUGCCAGAAACCGGUUCCCUUAAAGCGUUAAGCCCCCCCACUCAAAGUUCAACCAUGGGAGAAGAAGAAAUUGCCGCACUUGUUGUUGACAACGGAUCCGGUAUGUGCAAGGCCGGAUUCGCCGGAGACGACGCCCCUCGUGCUGUCUUUCCAUCCAUCGUUGGUCGCCCCAGGCAUCAGGGUGUGAUGGUUGGUAUGGGCCAGAAAGACAGCUAUGUAGGUGAUGAAGCUCAGAGCAAGAGGGGUAUCCUGACUCUGAAGUACCCCAUUGAGCAUGGUAUUGUGACCAACUGGGAUGACAUGGAGAAGAUCUGGCAUCACACCUUCUACAAUGAGCUGAGAGUUGCCCCUGAGGAGCACCCCGUCCUGCUCACAGAGGCCCCUCUGAACCCCAAAGCCAACAGGGAGAAGAUGACUCAGAUCAUGUUCGAGACCUUCAACACCCCCGCCAUGUACGUUGCCAUCCAGGCUGUGCUGUCCCUCUAUGCCUCUGGUCGUACCACUGGUAUUGUCAUGGACUCCGGUGAUGGUGUGACCCACACAGUGCCCAUCUACGAGGGUUACGCCCUGCCCCAUGCCAUCCUGCGUCUUGACCUGGCUGGCCGUGACCUCACAGACUACCUCAUGAAGAUCCUGACUGAGCGUGGCUACUCCUUCACCACCACAGCCGAGAGGGAAAUUGUGCGUGACAUCAAGGAGAAGCUGUGCUACGUUGCCCUGGACUUCGAGCAGGAGAUGGGUACUGCUGCCUCUUCUUCCUCUCUGGAGAAGAGCUACGAGCUGCCUGAUGGACAGGUCAUCACCAUUGGCAAUGAGAGGUUCCGUUGCCCCGAGGCCCUCUUCCAGCCUUCCUUCCUUGGUAUGGAGUCCUGUGGAAUCCAUGAGACCACCUACAACAGCAUCAUGAAGUGUGAUGUCGACAUCCGUAAGGACCUGUACGCCAACACCGUGCUGUCUGGUGGUACCACCAUGUACCCUGGCAUCGCUGACAGGAUGCAGAAGGAGAUCACAGCCCUGGCCCCAUCCACCAUGAAGAUUAAGAUCAUUGCCCCACCUGAGCGUAAAUACUCUGUCUGGAUCGGAGGCUCCAUCCUGGCCUCCCUGUCCACCUUCCAGCAGAUGUGGAUCAGCAAGCAGGAGUACGAUGAGUCUGGCCCCUCCAUCGUCCACCGCAAAUGCUUCUAAACAGACUGUUCCUCCUUCCCCUCCCAAACACCCAACAUCUUCAGCUCUGUGCAGAACAACCACACAUUUCUCAUACACACUCAGGCGCAGAGCCUAGAUGACGAUUCAUUGGCAUGGCUUCAGUUAUUUUUGGCGCUUGACUCAGGAUUUAAAAAAACUGGAACGAUGAAGGAGACCGUAAUGUUUGGCUAGGUUUAAUGAAACGCCCCAGGUUCCUGCUGUUGCCUGGGAUUUAAAAUGUACAUUUUUUUUUCUUUGUCAUUCCAAAUGUUUGUCAACUGCAUUAUUCAGACACAUGGUUCCAAAUGUUUAACUGCAUUGUUCAGACACGUAUUUGCCUCUGUGAAGGCUGCCCAGUGGUUGGCGCAUACUUAAAAAUGGUUGUAGUAUCGCUUGUAUGUAAAUUUGUCUGGAUUUUUUGUACUUUCAGCCUUAAAAUCUUGGUCCUGUUUAUUUUUUUCUUUUUAUGCAACAUCCAAUUGUGACCUUCCUCCCCAAUGAAGGUUUCAUCCCAGGGUGGUGGGGCAAGGCAUCUCAAAAGUGACCGGGUAACAAGGGGUGCCAGACCGGUGGGGCCAACCUGUACACUGACAAAACAAUCCCAAUAAAGUGCACAUGUGUUCCAACGUGAA